AUUUAUUUAAGUAACCAAUCGUAUCGGUUUCAGCCGGUACAUACUUUAUUUCACGAGAGAUCUAGAGUAAUUCGCGCAUCUAAGUUGAAUUUAUAUAAAAUACCGUCAAUCAACAGUCUACUUCUUGCUUCAUAAUCAUAUAUACGGUAAACAAUGAAUAGUCAAAAAGUAAUGAUAAUUAAAAGCACACAUAUGAAAUAAAAGACCACUAGACUUUCACAAUCGCGCGACAAACGUGUUUGAAACAUUUGUAUGUUACCCCUGGUUACGGAGUGUGUUAUAACCAAUCAGAGUAAACCUGCGCAGUAUAGACGAAAAUUAGCUUAGAAUACCACAAUUCUAUCGAAAAAUAAAGUUAGGUAACUGUUAUGUUUACAAGAUUUGAAUUUUAAGUACAUACAUAGUAUAUAUAAUUUUUAAAUUGUCAACCGGUAUUUCGCAGCAAAGAUAUAAAAUUUAUUUGUUCGAAAACAGAUGAUUUAACACAGUCAAUUUUUAAUAUAUUUUUUGUAUUCUUAGUGUAUUUUCAUAACUUAAUUCACUUGCAGUUAAAGUUAGAAGCAUCAAUAGUUGAACGUUUGCAAAAGUUGAGACAAUGGCAGUUAGAACAACAAAAACAAUUAUUAAUACAACAACAACUACAAAGAGAAAUGUUAACUCAAAAACAAGACAGUAUAUUUAAAGCCCUUGAAUUAUCAAUACAAGAACUUGACCUUAAUGAUGAUACAUUAGGUACAAGUGAUUCAAAUAUUGAUAUUAUAACAUGUAAUGAACCACAGGUGGAACAAAAAUCUUCACAAAUAUUACAUGAUAAUAAUUUGUGUAUUAAAAGAAGUUUAAAUAAUUUUCAAAAUCAUAUUUCGCAUCAAGAAUCUUCUCAGGAGGAAUCCAUUAGAAAUUUAGUUAAUAUGGAUGGUCAAUUAAAUGAACAAUCAAAAAAUAAAAUGUUUAAUCCAAAAUAUAAUAUAUCACUGACCUCUCCAAGACAUAGUGGAGAAUUUAUUAUAGAGGGAAUAGCACCAUUACCACCUGAUAAAUUAUUAACUAAUCAUGUUUGUAUUGAUGAUUUACCAAUUCCUUCUCCAAAAAAAGAUUUUCAUACACUACUUGAAGAAAAAUUAAAAGACUGUGAAAAUGUAUCAGUUGAAAAACAAGAUAUAAAAAAAACACAAAUCAAGGCAAAGAAACCAUUUCUUAAAAAAGGUGAAGGCUUAUCCCGAUUUAGACUGAACCAGCGACUUCAUCUUCCUGCCACAAAAAAAAGAUCACGCAGUUGUUCUCUCUCUAAUAGUACGCAAUCUAAUUCUAAGCAGUGUAAGAAGGAAAGCAAAAAUAAUAUUAGUCAAUCUGUAAAUACACAAUUGUCAAAAAAUGUGCAUUAUGCAAAUUCUGCUCAGAAGCAUUUGAGCCUCAAAAACAUUCCACUACCAAAACGAAAACUUCGUUGCAAAUCUGAAUCCAAUACUUCAGAUAUACAGCUACAAAAGUAUAUAAAUGAAAUUAAGAAUACAAUUGAAUUAAGUUCUUCAGAUUUUCAAUUUGGUACACAAGAGGAAUUAGAGGAAGUAAGAAUAUUUGAACUGUUAGAAGAAAAAGCAGAAAAUUCUAGUUUCUGCUCUACAUCCAGUGCAGUUAUUGCAUUUUUGCAACAAUCAACGCCAUUUAAAAUAAAAAAAGGCAAAUAUAAAACAGAAGAUGGCAUAGUUAAGCAAGAAAUUAAUCCCUUGAUUAAAAAUUCUAAUGAUCGACUGGUUUUAAAAUCUAAUCCAGCUUACGAGUGUAGAACUUCUAAUAAAAAUACUGAUUCUUACAGUGAUUUUGCUUCUGUUAUAAGCCAAAAACUAAUACAAAAUAUGCACAAAAAUUCAAAUGUUUCAAAAGAUACUAAUGAAAAUAAUAGAACAGAAACUUUUCAUAAUACUGAGAAUAACAAUGAAGCAGAUGUUAGUCUUCAUGUCAGAUUUGCUGAUUAUAAUGAAUAUAAAACUAUUGGAUUAACAGAUACAUCAAGUAUAUCAACUGAAUCAUUGGUAACAAGAACUUUUUCAGAUGAAAAAGUUUGGAGUGAUUCAUCAACUCCAGAAACUUCUAAUAUAGACUCUGUAUCAAUACCAUAUGAAAUAUCAGAGACUCCCGUAUCUGUAAAUAAUAAAAUUCAAGAUAAUAAUUAUAAGUCUAAAUUAGAACAAUAUAAUAUUCAAGGAGGGGUAAAUGAAUUAGAAUUUUCAGAUCAGUCAGCUGAUGAUGAACAAAGUACCUUAGAUAAUUAUAGUCAAAAUAAUUCAGUUCUAGAAAAAGUUGAUACAUCUAAUAAUACUGAACAAUCGAAAAACUAUAUGAACGAACAUAAUGAUAAAAAAGAGGAUAAAUAUGUAGACAAUUACAAUGAUGAGGAAGUAGUUGAUAUUAAAAUGACAGAGAAUAUUGAAGAAACAAAUGAAACUAUUUUUACAUCAGAACUUUUAAGAAACCGUUUGUUGGAAUUGGAACAAGAAAUCAAUAUAUUUCGCAAGGAAAAUGCAGCUUUAUCUGUACAACGUAAAAAGUUACAAGAAGAUCAUAGAAAUUUACAUAAAGAAUAUACAGAAAAAGAAAAAGCUUUAGAGGAAAAUAAAAAGCAAACAGAAAAUCGCUUACAAGAUGAAAGAAAAAAGCUAGCGCGUGAAAAAGCUGCGCUAGAAAAUAGAAUGAAGGAUUCAUUAGAAAAAGCUCAACAAAAUAAGUUAGAAAGACAAGAAAUACAAUCUUUAAAGGAAGAAGUAGAAAAAUUAAGAGAAGAAAUAUAUGUAAAGGAAAGUAGAUGGAAUGCAGCACAAUCCAGGCAGAAAUGUCAAAUGAGAAUAUUAAAAAUGGAAAAUUCAAAAUUGAAGCAGGAAGUUGAGAGAUUACAAAAUUUGAAGAAAGGUAGUGUUAAAAAUAAAGGAAAACUUGGGACCAUUUCUAAUACUAGGGUAAUUCAUCAGAUUAACAAACAACUUGAUAUACAACUUAAGGAAUCCAAAAAUGUUAAUACUCCACCAGAUGAUAGUAACAAAAAAUCAGAAAAUAUGAUAGAUGCUAAGCAUAUGGAAAGAAAUGAACAUGAUCGGGAUAGUAGUAAAAAUAUUAUGAGUAAAAAGUUAGAAAAAUGUCAAACCAGUAUGGUAAAUAUUGCAAAAAAGCGUAGUUUAUAUGAAAAUUUAAUUAAGGAAGCAACCUCAGACAUAAGGGAAAUUCAUGAACAAUCUAGUACUUCUGAAAAUUUAAAUUCAGACUUAAAUGACAGACUUAGGAAAUUAAGUACAAAAACAAAUACUGAAGAAAACAACUGUAAUAAAUCUUGUGAAGAAUCUGAUUUAGUUUUUAAUCAUAGUACUUCUAAUAAUAAGAUACAAUCACAAGUACAAAAUGAUUAUGCACAUGCUUUGUCUCCUGCAAAAGUUUGUACAGAAGAUUACAAUGAAAAAUCAAGGCCAACAUCAUUGCAUGAAUCAUUUCAUAAUGCAUAUGUGGAAAAUACAACUAGUCAAGACAAUACUAAUAUUAAUAAGCAAUGUGUAAGACAAAUUCAACAUGCAGAUGGUUCUACAGAAUAUCAAUUUCCAAAUGGUAAUAUUAAAAAGGUUUUUCCUAAUCAAGGUUUGACUAGACUAAUAUACUAUAAUGGUGAUAUUCGGGAAACCAAUAAAGAUGGGAAAAUAAAAUACUUUUAUGCAUCAACUCAAACAUGGCACACAACAAUGCCAGAUGGCUUAGAAAUUUUAGAAUUUUCUGAUGGUCAAGUAGAAAGGCGAUCCCACAAUGGUACAGUAGAAGUUUUAUUUCCAGAUGGUUCAGUACGAAUUUUAGAAGCAGAUGGUACUGAAAAAUGGACAUUACCAGAUGGGACAUUAAUACAAAUUCUUACUAAUGGAGAAAAAGUUCUUACUCUACCAAAUGGACAACAAGAAAUACAUACUAAAACUCAUAAAAGACGAGAAUAUCCUGAUGGUACUAUUAAAUUUAUUUACCCUGAUGGUACCCAGGAAACACGAUAUUCAAAUGGUAGAAUACGUCUUAAAGACAAGGAUGGUAAUCUUUUAAUGGAUUCAUAUCAGUGAAAGUUGUAAAUAUAAUAAAUAUGUGAUUGAAAUUAAUAUUUAUUAGGAUAAUCAAAUUUGAUAUA